GUAACAGAAAGCUGAGCGUUAGUUUCCAGCUAGAAGUGAAAGCUUAUUGUUGUGUAAAAAGUAGGAGUAAAUAUUAACCUGUAAAGAUGGUGGAUAAAUUUGUUGGAACAUGGAAGAUGAUUUCCAGCGAUAAUUUUGACGAAUACAUGAAGGCACUGGGUGUGGGAUUUGCCACUCGUCAGGUAGGAAACCGAACCAAGCCCAGCUUCAUCUUAAGUGUGGAUGACCAAGGACUGAUAAGCAUGAAGUCCCAGAGCACUUUUAAAACCACUGAGGUCAAAUUUAAGCUCAAUGAAGCAUUUGAGGAGACCACAGCUGACGACAGAAAGACCACGACCACGGUGAGCCUCGAGAAUGGCAAACUGAUGCAAAAACAGACCUGGGAUGGCAAAGAGACCACACUAGAGAGAGAAGUGGCUGAUGGAAAAUUAAUAGCGACAUGCAAAAUGGGAGAUGUGGUGGCGGUGAGGACAUAUGUAAAAGAGGCAUGAUUAAAUGAUCCUGGCUGGAUUUUGGAGAUGCCUGGCUCAGUUCAAUGAGCAAACAGUUUUCCUGUUGUAUUCCUAUUUGGCACCAAAGCUGUUGCAUGCAGCAUAUUUCAUGAUGCUUUAAGAUAAAUCAUUGUGGUGUGUUGAAUAAAGUUUAAAUCAUAUCUGCCUUCAA